UUGUUUUAUCUGAACCUUGAUAGAUUGGAUGCAUGUCUUACUGACCUUUUUUCCUUUUUUUUUUUUCCCUCUUCUGCAGUACUAUAUCUUGUGUGGGCUUUUAUUCCUGAAUCUUGGCUAAACUCCUUAGGCUUAACCUAUUGGCCUCAAAAAUACUGGGCAGUUGCGCUGCCUGUGUACCUCCUCAUUACUGUAGUGAUUGCUUACGUGCUCUUAUUCGGGAUAAACAUGAUGAGUACCUCUCCACUCAACUCCAUUCAUACAAUCACAGAUAACUAUGCCAAAAACCAACAGCCGAAGAAAUACCAAGAAGAGGCCAUCCCAGCAUUAAGAGAUAUUCCUAUUAGUGAAGUAAACCAAAUGUUUUUUCUUGCAGCCAAAGAACUUUACACCAAAAACUGAAUUGUACAUAGACUAAUACCAAACAUUUAUUACAAAUUUUUGAUGGAAGAAUUUCGACCAUAGUAAUUUUGACUGUCUUUCUGAUUAAUAUCCAGUAUUUAAAUGUUAAAAAAAAAAGAAAGAAAGAAAAAAUGUAAGUUGAAAUUCUCUUAGAUUGAGUUCUAUUAAUAUUAUAAAUGUUAUCAAAUAGUAGUUACUAAUGGACAGAGUAAAUAAAAUACUGCAUUACCGUA